GUCGAAAAAAGAUUGACAGAACUCCAUGCGCAUGCUUCAAAUUAAGCGGCUGAAAGCACAUCCACUUCAAAAAGUAAACAUGAAAUUGAAGCCAUUUUCAAAACACACUCCAGUCAAACUUUACGUCAAAAUUCUCAGUGAUCUGAAUGUCUGUACCAUAUCAAUUUAACGUCGAAAAGAUCAUAUCGGAAGAAAGAGUAGACCGAACACACAUAGAACAAGUAAAAGCAUGGCUUAAAACGACUACCUUACCUCAAAUCCAAGAUGAAAUGAUAGCUUUGUUUCUAUUGGGCUGUGCGAAUAAUGUCGCAGCUGUCCCAGAUAGUAUUGUGAAAUAUUUUAAGAUCAAGAGCGGAGGACCUCAAAUUUUCAAGGGAAGAAAUAUCGAAGACCCAGCAUUAAUAAAAGCCAUGGAAAUGAUAACAUGUUGCAGUAUUCCCACUCGGAUGGGCAACAACACAGCAGUGCACCUUUUCAAGCUAAACGAUACAAAUUAUAGAGACUUUGAUUUAGUAAGUAAUACGAAACUUACCUUCAUGCUGGUGGAUGUUACACAAAGAUAUGACCCUCCAAUUGAUACUGUAAUCGUUAUAGACAUGAUCGGGUCGAGCUUCAUGCACCUCACUCGUCUUAAAAUUGACAUUGCAAAAAUAUUCUUGGAAUAUAUGCAAGAUGCAAUGCCGCUGAAGAUUCAGAAGAUUCAUAUACUGAAUGCCAACACCGUUUUUAAAAAAGUUCUAGCUGUGGCGAAAAUGUUUAUGCAUAGUGAGAUGAUGAAACUGAUAUUUCCACACUCGCCAGGCAUGACCAUGGAGGAAUUUCACAGAGAUUGUGUUCCACCAUCUUGCUUACCUGCGGAGUAUGGCGGAGAGUUGCCCACUUGCAAGGAGUUGAACCGUUGGACUAUGCAGCAGUUCGAAGAGAUGAAGGAUUUUUUUCGAAUCGAAGAAGAAAUGAUAGAACAUUAUAUGUUAACUAAUACUCCCAGUAAAAGGAAAAAAUCGUAGAAAAUUAAAACCUUAU